AUGCGCUGGACAAUAGUUAUCGUCGCAAUAUUCGCACUUGUUGCAAUGGUUACCUCUAAUGUCGUAUACGAUAAAGAGAUGGAAGAGAUGAAUCCAUGGGGAGCCAAUAUGAAUCCAAAUGGAGUACAAGUGGUGGCGGAUUCUACAAAUGGUCCAACAAUUAACAAGCGUUGGUGGCAUGAUUGGCGUCGUGAUAGACAUGAAGAAGAGCAUCGUUGGUGGUAA